UGGCUUGGAAUGCGCGGCGACGGCCAGGCCAGCAUGCAAUUAUCGUCCUCCAUUGCACUGCUUCGGCUUCGUCUUUCUUCGCUAACUCGCCUAUUGAAUUAGCACACGAGCGCCGGCCUCGUAAAUCUACGAGUCAUUCCCAAUUGACCUCGCCCUAGAUUCCACACUCAAUAUCCAAACGGAUCCGGAGUACUCCCCCGUACCCUAUCCGCAUGGAACACAUCGAAAAGCACGGAUUAGGCCUCCGACCCUGCAGUGGUUGCUAUGAUCUUUCCCCUGGUCAACACAGCAGAGUGCGAUUGCGGUAUGAUAUGAUGUGCGAUGCGGCUGAAAGCGGUUGCGUUGGCUGCAUCCAUUUACGACGGGCUGUAGAGCAUUGUGUACCCAAUGUUACUGGAGAGAGCGUGGACGCUAUGAUCCUGUAUCGGGUGUCGCGCUUCGGAGAAAACAGUCUAGAGCUAGAGGUCGAACACUGCCACGACAGGAUUGCUAUUGAGUUCUUCUGUAUUCCUGAUACGGACUGCCCCUGGUCCAACAUUCUACGAAGAGAUCUCGAAACACCAGGGGAUACACGCUCAGAGCAGAGCCUUGAACAAGUGCGGCUUUGGCUAGACUACUGUUUACGCAAUCAUGCGCCCUGCGGUCGAAAUACUUCAACCAUGCUCCCCACGAGAAUCUUAGACGUUAGUGGGGAUGAUCCCAUCAUCACUCUUCGCGAGACCAACCAACAGAGAGCGCAAUACAUUGCUUUGAGCCAUUGCUGGGGUCCUUCCCAAAUCAUCCGAACAACCACGGCAACUCUUGAAUCACACAAGCGUGGUGUCCCGCUAUCAGCACUUAGCAACACAUUCCGGGAUACGGUUCACAUAGCGAGGGCGCUAGGGAUACGUUACUUGUGGAUCGAUAGCCUCUGCAUCAUUCAAGAUAGUGCAGCAGACUGGGAAUGCGAGGCCGCUCGCAUGGCAUCAGUCUACUCGAACGCUGUUCUGACCAUCUCGGCGGUCAAGUCAGCAAGCGGAGAAGGAGGUCUGUUCAGCCAGAACCCCGAGAUAGAACUCAGAGGUACGAAUGCCGAUGGCUCUCCAUACAUAAUGAUGGCUCGCAGGAAGAUCCAACACUGGUACCGUCCCCACACGCCACUACUGAGCCGUGGUUGGGUAUACCAAGAACGUCUACUUUCGCCACGCCUCUUGCAUUUUGGCGAACAAGAGCUGUUCUGGGAGUGUAUGGCUAGUACGACAUGCCAGUGUACUGGCAUCGGCGACGCAGCUAUAGGCGGCCUCGAUCGUUACGAAGACGGACUGUUGGGAAAGCAGAUGUAUGCCUCAAUAUACGGAAACAGUAGCCUAGAGUCCGUCAACACGCCGGAUAUUUUAGGCAGACUUUGGCGUAGGAUGGUGCGAGAGUAUUCGUUCCUCAGCCUCACGGUUACGUCUGAUAAGCUGCCUGCGCUGCUUGGCCUGGCCACCUCUAUGGAAGCUUAUCGCAACUCAAGGUACCUCAACGGGGUGUGGGAGGACAGUCUUCUGGCUGAUCUGCUGUGGUUCCAAAUUUACCCACGCGAGGCUCGAUCCCUGGUUACCGAACCGAGCUGGACCUGGGCGUCUGUCGACGGUAGGAUACAUUUCUUCGACACCUUCGAUCUCAAGGAGUCAAUCGUAGAUACACUUUGUGAAGUCAGUCUCGUGACACCGGAUGGUGACGGUGACGUUGAGGCGGGGAAACUAGCUCUAAGGCUACGAGGCGAAGUGGAUCCGAUGAGGGGCUCGAUAAGACAUCCGAAAGUGGUAGGCGGGAAGACCACCAUUGGGUUCGAAGAUGGCCGUGUAUUUGAUGGGAUAAUCUUCUUCGAGGACUUUGUUCUCUCUCGAAAGGGGAGCGAUGUAUCUGACGGGCUGGAGGUACUCUGUAUUCCGAUGGCUCUCACGUCUAGCGGCAGGGAGUACUCCUUGGCCCUUAAGAGAUUGGAACAACGGAAAAAUGUUUUCGAGCGGAUCGGCCUUCUUCAGAUACGAGACAGAGCAAGGAUAGGAGGAGUCCAUGGACACCAACUAAAUCUAGAAGAUAUGCGUGAGGGACGAGGGAGGGCUGUGGAAGUAAUCUGACCACGCAAUACGGGAUUAUUGGGGACAGCAUAG